UCCUUAAGAAUCUUUUCCAGUAAACAUUUGUUAACAUUUUCAAAGUAAUUGGGAGCUGUUGAGUUUGGAAGCGAAAACCAAGUUAAGAAGUCCUGUUAUUUGGGUGAGGUAUGGCGCGUACUAAGCAGACCGCUCGUAAAUCCACAGGCGGUAAAGCACCGCGCAAGCAGCUGGCGACUAAAGCAGCUCGCAAGAGCGCUCCAGCCACGGGUGGCGUGAAGAAGCCUCAUCGCUACCGCCCUGGUACCGUGGCUUUGCGCGAGAUUCGUCGCUACCAGAAGUCCACCGAGCUUCUUAUCCGGAAGCUGCCGUUUCAGCGCCUGGUGCGAGAAAUCGCUCAGGACUUCAAGACCGACCUGCGCUUUCAGAGUUCCGCUGUGAUGGCACUGCAGGAGGCCUGCGAGGCUUACUUGGUGGGGCUUUUUGAGGACACCAACCUGUGCGCUAUCCAUGCCAAACGCGUCACCAUCAUGCCUAAGGACAUCCAGCUUGCCCGCCGCAUUCGUGGCGAGAGAGCGUAAAUCGUUUUGAGUGCCAACCUUCAACCCAAAGGCUCUUUUCAGAGCCAAUCAUUUUCUCCAUGAAAAAAGCUGUAAUCUUUCAAGACACAUUAGACCACGAAACUGCACUGAUC